CUAGCCACAUAUUUCUACAAUUCUUGUUUUUAAUGCAACCUCAUUAAACCGCCAUUUUAGCAUCGAGACGACUAGACGAGAUUCUUGAUUGAUACGUUGUGUACGCUUAUUAUUUUCAAUGUACAAGGAUGUAUUACAAUCAGUAUCCUGAAGAAGAAAUGAUGAUGGACCAAGGACUUCCAGGUAGGGACCUUUAUGGUACUGGUCCCAACUUCAGACGAGACAUGGAUCGCUUUGAUGGAACUCCAUUUCAGUUUGAACAUGCAUAUGGACCAGAAGGAUUUGAAAAUAAACCCCAAGGAAAUGAAAGAUUAGGUGAUUACUUUCGCCAUGAUUCAGGAAGUUUCCCUUUAGAAAAUGAGGACUUUCCAAGAGAGAGCAGUUUUCAGCAUCAUGGCAAUAGCUUCCAACAACAACCAGGUGCUGGCCUUCCACAGCAGAAUUUUCCAUUUGAUUCUGAGGCAGCUGGGUAUGACAGCAGAAAUGGGGAUAGAGAACGAGAAAGAGACAGAAGCCGAAGACAAGGGCGAGACCGACAGAAGAACAAUCGCCGUGAUGAGGGAAACUGGGAGAGACGAGGCCGGAGAGAUCGAGGCGAUAGAGAUUGGAGUGGUGACCGUGACAGGAGAAGAGACAGAAGAAGUUCUCGUGAUAGAAAUGGGCGGGACAGAAGUCCCAAAGAUGACAACAUGGACAUGGGGUCUGAUGAUUCACGUCUAAGUGAUGAUGAAAUUGGUGAUCACAGAUCACACAGUCGAGACCGUGAUCGAUCAAAACGGGAUCACGAUGAUGAUCGCGAUCGCCUGAGAAAUUGGGAUGACCGAGACCGACAUGGAGAAAGAGAAGGGGAACGCUGGAUGACAGAAACUCCCUCGGCAACCAUUCUUCUGCGAGGCUUAAAUAACAGCGUGACAGAAAAUGAUGUUAUAACAGAGCUUGUGCGGAUCACUCUUAUUCCAAAGGAUGUACGUUUCAUGCGUCGAGCAACAGGUACUUCCCGAGGAUUUGGUUUUGUGGAGUUUCAUACCCAAUCUGAGGCCCAGCGCUGGAUGGAUCUCAAUCAGGGUCUCCUGGUGCUGCCAGGGAUUUCCCAGCGCAUCACCAUGCACUACAGUGCCCCUCGCGUUGGCCGAGAGUCACGGGAUUCGGCAAAUAGGAUGGACUGGAUGUGCAAGUGUGGAGCCCAUAAUUUCAAACGGCGGGACUUUUGCUAUAAAUGUAAUACCAACCGUCGAAUAGCAGAAGAUCCUCUAGGUGGUGUCACCGAAUUGGAUGCAGGAACACAUGUGGGUAAAACUCCUUGUAAUACUUUGCUUUUCCGUGACCUGGAUGCCCUGACAACGGAACAAGGCAUUCUGCAGGCUAUUGCCGCUCUGACUUCCAUGCCAAUCAAAAAUGUGCAGGUUAUCAGGGAUGAGAUGAACACCUCGCGCUGCUUUGCAUUCUUGGAGCUCAACUCUGUGGCGUCAGCCAAACAGUUGUGUGAGUUCUUUUUGGCACAGAUACCACCACUUGCAAUUGAUGGCAAACAGGUGCUCAUCAGCUAUGCCAAAAACACCUUUAGCACCUCACUGGACAUAAUUCAAAAGGCACAAGCAAAAGUCAUGCAGAAUGCAUACUAUAUGAAUUACAACUAUUAUAGCCAAGAUGGUCAGUACUACAACUAUACUCAGUUUUAUGGAGCACAAGGUUCAUCAGCAACAGCUAAUUCUGCAAAUGCUGCAGCUGCAGUAGCACAGACAGCCAUUAUGCAGGCUCAGGCUGCCAAGAACAUUGCAGCAUCUGCAUCAGCAGUCACAGCAGCACCCACAGUAGCACCAGCAGCAACAGCUACAGCAGUUAUAACAGAGACUUCCACUGAAGACUCGACGCAGCAGUAUCAAGUCUACCCUGCCCCAGAUGUUUCAACUUACCAGUAUGACAAAACGUCUGGCUAUUAUUAUGACCCCUCAACUGGACUUUACUAUGAUGCCAACUCACAGUAUUACUACAAUCCCAAGACAAGUCAGUUCAUGUACUGGGAUGCUGAAAAGUCAACAUACUUGCCUGCUCCUACGCAGACAGGUGAAGCCCCUCAGACAGGGGAGGCUGGGGAGGCUGCAGCAUCAGAGAAUGCAGACUUAAAUAAAGAUAAGAAGGAGAAAAAGGAGAAAGAAAAAGUCAAGGUGGCAAAGAAAAUAGCAAAGGACAUGGAAAAAUGGGCAAAGAGUAUGAAUGCACAGAAAGAAGCACUAAAAGAAGAGCAGAGAAAAAUAUCUAACUUGGCUGGUCGCAAAGAAUCAGCAGCUGCUGAUGCAGGAUUUGCCAUUCUUCAGAAAUCGAAAGAAGACAUCAGGCUUAUGCCACCUCCACCCAUGACGUUAGUGAACGCAGCCCCAGAGAUUGCUGCACCUGCUGUAGCAUCACAGUCUCCAGCUGCUGCUUCAAAGGCUGGGUUGGUAGCCUCUUAUGGUGGGGACAGUGAUGAUUCUGGCGACGAUGAAGAUGGGUCAGGUAGCGGUGGUCAUGUGGAUGAAGCCAAAUUAGUAGACUGGAACAAGUUGGCUUGUCUUCUGUGUAAACGCCAGUUUCAGUCUAAGGAGAUUCUGACCAAACACACCCAGUUCUCAGACUUGCAUAAGCAAAAUUUGGAAAGCCUCAAGGCAAAAUCAGCUUCAAGAGCAGAAAGAAAGGAGUAUCGAGACAGAGCGAAAGAACGAAGAGAGAAAUACGGGACGCCUGCUCCUCCAGAACCCAAAAAGCAGGCACAGAUUGAGCUGCCGGAGGUAUACGAACAGCCAACCAAGCUGGGAAUCGGGACCGAAAACAUUGGUAACAAAAUGCUGCAGAAAAUGGGGUGGGCAGCUGGCCAGGGGCUAGGGAAAGACAACCAGGGGAGGACUGCCCCAGUUGAGACUGUCAGGCGAGCUGCCAGCGCAGGGCUUGGUGCACGUGGGGCCAAUCUUGUUGCAGAAGAAGGUGUUACAUAUAAAGAGUGUGUGAAAAAGACAAUGUUUGCAAGAUUUCAUGACGUGGAGUGAAAGUGUAACAAGACUUAGCCGUCACAUUUUUUUUUCUCGCCUAUUUUAUGUAUGUGCAUACAUAGAUAAAAGUGGAGAUGAAAGUAACAGAUUUUAAGUUAGCUGAGAAAAUGCAGUCUGUUGAGUGAAUGAAUUGUAUGGUUUAAUGGGUGGGAAGAGAGGGAAAUUGCGCUGUGUGCAUGUAACUUACUGAGUGUGGUGUUAAUAUGCCAUCAUGAAUCUACAUCCCCCUGGAUGGCUCAUAGACAGUUUUUUUCAAUUAACUCCUAGAAUGAGGCUGUUGACAGAACAGCUUCCAGUUUAGCAAACGAAGACAAUGGGUAUGUGAGCAAAGUCUGCGAGAGUAAUAAUAAACAGGAAGUGGUUUAUACUGUUGUUUUGGAAGAAUGCCACUGUGCAAGUGUCAAAUGUUUUGGUGUAAGCUCUCAUUCAUGCUACAGGCCGUUCAGACAAAUAUUUGACUGUUAAUUGCUCGCUGAGACUAGCAGUGGAGAACUCUGGCCAUGUCUGGACACUUGCUUGACUCAUCCUAGCUGUGAACUGGAGUGUUCCCCCAUUUUCUGCAUUGUAAAAUUAACUUUUUAUCAUAAAUAUUUACCUGUCUUUUUUUACAAACAGUUUAUCAAUAUUUUGUGUAAAUAAAAGUGCCCAAUUGUUUAUUAAUUGCAAGUGUGCAUGAUCAACAAUAUGUGUGUGUGAUAUGUGAUGAGAGAUUGUUAUUGUUGUAGUUUUUAGUUUUUAGAUACCACAUGAAAGGGCUUUGGAAAAAUGUGGAUUACGUUUUCAUAUAAUGGUAGACGACAACCACACUAAGAGUUCAGUAAAAGGGAAACUUGCAUUUAUUACUGCUGCAAAUAUUAAGUUUCCCUCCUUUGGGUUUCGUUUGUUUGUUGACAAAUGAUGUGUGAAGAACAAAGUUCUCAGCUUGCUUGCAUCAGCAUGUCUUUGGCAACAGUACAUGUAAAGGCAUUUUUACUUAAGAUCAUAGCGUGCAUCAGUUCUGACAUUUGUGUCGAGUCUGUUGUGGAUUCCUAGAAGGGAGUCAAUGUUUAUUGGAAAGAUUAAACAGUUUGCACAGUU